AUGUUUGGAGUACAUGGGUUUUCCCCUUUCAUGUCUAAUGUGACCUUCGCACCUGGGGUGAUGGGACAGAAACCGGUCAAGGAGCUAGGAAGAGAAGACGUCCUGACCAAUGCCGUUAGUGACUAUGAGAUCCUAAACCACAGUGAGGAGGAAGCACAUUCCAACAACCCAGAAGAAACAGACCAGAAUUUUUUUGACUUGGACACCUCCAUAGUAGAGCCCUGUCCUCAGGAACCAACAAGACCUGAUGACAACAACACUGUGCCCUCUUUCGACCAGGGAGGAAAAAAGAUCAGUCAGAGUUAUGACACGGAUCUUUCACAGAAUGCCAGGACACCAAAUCCUCAACUGAGCCUGGCAGGAGGUCCAUGUGCCUCAGAAUUCAAAACAGUCACGAGCAACGCAACCGCCACAGAUAUAUCUACUGCUGUGGACCAGCAACAACCUGACAAAACAGAAGGAAUGACUAACAAAACUCACCUCACGGAUACUCCAAACAUGUUUGAAAGUUCUUGUCAGGUGGACUCAACAGAUGAUGCCGUGAGCAUAGAGAAGAAUGAGACACAAACGUUGGUGGACAGACACAAUGCGACGUUAGACACAAAGGCAAUGACAAAGAUGGGUGGUAACGUUGAAAUAAAGAAGAAAUUCUCUUUGGAAUCAGAAAAUGCUAAUUUACUUGAAAGACAGCCAUUCCAGGAGUUUCGAGUUUCAAAGGGUAAAGAUGAAGAAAAAGUUCAGACACUAAGUAGUGCUAAAAUUAGUAAAGGUUGUGAAAAAGUUUGCAAAGAAAGUGCUGGAAAUGUUCAACACAAAGAAAGUCCUGAUCCAGACAGAUUUGAGGAUUUGGACAAAGCUGAUUCUUUAUGUCUGGAGACAUAUGUGACUAUGUGUCCGCCAAUCCGCCAAUCACAUUCAAGUCGCCCGUGGCUCCAGAAUGCAAAUAAGCAGGAUAAUUUACAGGAGGACAAAAAUAUCAGUCCAGAUAUGUCAACAUGUAUUUUAAAAGGAAUACCUUAUGAUGCCUCACAGGCACAUUUUGCAGUAACACCCAAAGAAAACUUCAGAAAAGACAAAAGAAAUGCAUCUUUCCAUACACCAUUUUGGGGGAAAGAAGAGACUGUAGAUCCUGCAUGGGGUGAAAAUGAAGAUUUUGAUGGUGGUGACGCCGCAAGAGUCACACAGAUGGCUUCUUUGAAACGGGAAAAAGAGCCUCUCUAUUUCACGGCUGUGAUCACACCACCACUUCAGAUUCAUACAUUUCCUGAUCAGGAGGCGAGGAAGUCAUCUGACAUCUCUCAUAUGUAUGUUCCCAACACUGAAAUACAGAGCAUGAUCCCUGAUGUCUUACCCACAGACGCUCAGACAGAGAAUAAGCCCAAAAUCAAAGGACCACCACCACCUGUUCCAAAGAAACCAAAGAAUCCCUUUAAAAAAGCUGUUGGCCGCAAGGAAUCUGCUUCUCAUUCAAUAGACGAGCCGAGCAAAUAUUUGCACCUGCUGCUGAAAAAUAUCAAAAUGGGCAGAAGGCAGGAGGCACUGCAGGAUUUUAAUGCACAUGCAUCAUGUCUUGAUAUGCUGCCUUAUUAUGUUGAGCCCCCAUCCUACAUGUGCAUGUCCAUAGAGCCUGAGGCUGCUGAUAUUCCAAGAUAUUAUUUAGCCCCACACGUUGAAAUUGUUGCACCUGACUGCGAUAACUUGAUAGAAACUGUCGAUGAUAGAGAACUAAAUGAAAUGGAUAUGUCUCAGCUGAGACCCUUAUUAAAAAAAAGAGCAAAAAUAAAGGGCCCACCGCCACCUGUACCAAAGAAGCCUCAAAAUCCAUUUGCUAAAACAGACACGAAAAAGAUACAAGCAAGCAAAGACUCAGUUUUGGAAAAUAUGGAACAUCCUUUAAAAUAUGAUAGACGUGACUCUGAAAACAUGAUGGACAUUGAGAAUGAAGAAGACUCUAAACCCACUGCAAUCCCAAUCAAAUAUCCUAACGCCGCCUGUAGAAUUCCAAGCAGUGAUUCUUCUGCUUCAGAAGAAAACGAAGUGUCCAGAUACAGACCUGUCUCUGAACUCAUCAGGGACAACAACACAAUCCAGAAGAAAGAUGUACAUCACAGCAGGACAAACAUAAUGGAAGCCAGGUCAGAAAUGGGUAUGGGAAGCAAGACUCAAAAAGUAUUGCAAAUGAAGACAGCCUUUCAUGUACAAACAUCUCCACAUAAAAUGGAAAGAAGAUCCUCACCAAAGAAAGCCAAGUGUGGUCAAGGUGUACAAAGGACCACCAGAUCAAGACCCUAUCUUGGCCAGCCCAAUUUCCAGACCUGA